CUGACUUCUUGGUUUUGCUGCAGAGGACAUUAAGUACAUUGUACUGGGGUCAUUGUUCACGAAAGCAAUUGGUUAGGACCUCUUUCUUCUCUCAGGGAGCUAAUGCUUUAAAAAGGAAUCCAGGCACAACAGUUUCAUCCAGUUUAUUUUUAUAUAGUAACUAACAGUUAAAGAUUGCUGGUGGCCUGGGUUAGCAAAGAGGAAGAUAUUUUUUAUCAGACAGUUCCCUGCCUUAAUAAGAGGUGUUCAAUUAAGACAUGAAAGCUUCAAGAUGUUAAAAUGAACACCAUUUCAGAGCUCACAGCAUAGUUCUGGAAUUACAUUACUUGGAGUUGCUAUGGCAAAAGAACCCAAACUACAAAAAUUUGUUAUUGCCAGUUAUCCACCCAAGUUAAUGAAUUAAGUCAUGCUGCAUAUCAUAAAAACAUCAAAAUGGUGAAUCUGGUUAAAUAGAGGGGAAAAGUGCUUGCUUCAUUUGCCUUGUUUGCCCACCCUGCCCUGUAACGUCUAUAAUCAUAAUGAUGGAAUAAAUUUUAACAUUUAGUUUUUAUAAAAAAAAAAAAUGAAUACACAAAAAAUGACAUUAGAUACUUCAAAGGACCCAUUCAUCUGUAACUGGGAUGGGAAUGGGGAUAAAAGAUACAGAAGAAAAAUACUAAACCAAAACAAGAAGGUGGCCUUGCAUCCACUGAUGCUUGUCAUACCAUGUGAGACAAGAAAGAUAAUGAACUCUGCUCUCUGCUCCUGAGGACUAAAAGAAAAGGAGAUGUGUGCAAAGGACAUGAACAGGCAACUCGUACAGAAAGCACCAAUGGCCUAUCGAGAAGAAAUACCUGAGUCUCGUAAACAAUGCAGGGAAUACGCAUUAUAGCAACAAGAAAAAUAUUUUUCAUGUAUUUUCAGGAAUUUGAAAGAUUAUAAUAGAAAGAUUCAGAUACUUUGCUGGCUGAUGGAAAUCUACGUUGAUUUAAGUAUUGAAGGCAGUAAUUAGCACUGUCAAAAUGUAAACUGCUUAAGGCACUUAUCUUGCAGAAAUACUCAGGUGUGCAAAGGCACAUUCGCAAGGACAUCCCCAGCUGCCCUCUCUAGGAGGGAAGCAAGUGGGGGCUAUGCCCAAGUUUGACAAGAGAAGAUGGGUCAAGUACAUUAUGCUGCUUGUAGUAUGAAACACCAUGAAGAUGGUGACAGCUGGGGUGGCUUGUGUGUACUGAUAGGGAAAGAAGAACAACUACUUCCCCACACCUUCAGCCAGGACGUUCUGCUGCCUCCAUGUCUGUCAGUCAGUAGUCAUAAUCACCCACAUUUACCUAGUGCGUCACCUUUGUGAUUUCAUUUAGUCCCCAAAACGCACAUAUGACCUGGGCUCAUCACCCAGUUUUGUAGGGUGAAGAAGUGGUCACAGCCCCGAUGGUUCCCUGGACCCUGCUGAACUCUCCCCGUGGAAAGAAGUAGGCCUCACAUACAUACUGACCCCACCUGGCUGUGCUUUUUGACAAAGCCCUUGAAACUGACCAAGAACUGGUUGCCAUAGAGAUGGCCAUAGAGAUGGCCUGGAGGACAGUUCCAGGGCUGGCGGGUGGGAGUGGGGAAUGAAGCCGGACACCAACAUGCUAAACACCCAUCAACAGUUGGUCAGGGCCAACUCUGAAAGACCAGCUCAGGACCUGGGCCCUCAGACUCCAGAGACAGCCACAGGCCUACUCCAGCUUCUGUCCGGCUUUUCCCCGGCAGAGCAGGGGAGCCUGGGGAAUGAUGAUGAUGUGCCCAGGCAAGGCCGGCCACAGAGGUCUCAGAGCGCAGGGCAGAGGUCAAAGAAGGACUGCGGAACCCAGGGGCGGAACAAGAAAGGACAAGCCUCCGCUGAGGCUGAGGAUCUCUUCCCGGCUCCUCUCCGGAAACCCUCCUUCCCCUUCCAGUGGGCCUGGGAGAACUUCAUCAUGGAUGGUCAGGCUCUGCUUCAGACAAGUUCCCCUGAGGCCCCUGGCCACCAAGUCCUGCCCUCGCCCCUAGCAAUCCUCCAGCACAAGUCCAGGCGCAAAUCCAUGCUCAACUUCCCAGAAUCCCUUGAUUUCUGCCAAAAGACGGAGAUGCAAAAUCUGGAACAGAGACAGCAGCUGGGGGCCUGGGGUGGCAUCCUCCUCCCUCCCAGCAAAGGGGAGAACCAAGGGCUGGAGCUAUCUAGCAAGUGUGGCUUCUGGCUGCCUGGGAAGAGGUCAGGAUCAGAAACAGAGUCCGAGGAGGCUGCAGAGCGGGAGGGCCUAGGUGUGGAGGAGGUGGAGAGGGGUCUGAGCCCUGGGGAACUGCUCCAGAUCCCCAGGAGGGGCUUGAUCUUGGAGGAGGAGCGGUUCUCAGAGGCAACCGAGGAGGCUGAGCAGUGGGAUCACAGCGCCCCCCACAGGAGGAAGGGCAGCUCUCAGAAAAAAGGUCAGAAUUCUGGAAAGGAGGCUUUGGAAGAAGGGGAGCUGCGGGGCCAGAGCCAGGGAAGCAGCUCCAGCUUCAACAGCUUCAGAGGGUCACAGAGGGGGAUGUCAAAGGCCAAAGAGGUGCAGGGGCCCUGGGACCUAGAGAAGCUGCACGGGCAGUUACAGCAAGAAUUGAACUGUGGCCCCCAAAAGCAGUCCUGGAAGGCCUUCCGGGCUGCCUCCAUCCGGAGUGAGAAAGCCCAUGACUUGGGAGAAAAGGAAAAGUUCCUGUUUGCCAGCUUCCCUAAUCGCACCUUCCACAAACGACAUGAGGCCACCAGAAGCCUGCUGCAGAGUUGGGAGCGGCAGCAGCGGGAGCAGCAGCAGCAGGCUGAGCUGCGCAGGACUCGGGAACAUCGGGUUCAGCAGCAGGUGGCCCGCUGCCUAGCAUCCUAUGCACCCCCAGGGGGCCGGGGGCCCAGUGCCACCCAGCGCAAGGUGGAGGAACUGAGGCGCCAAGAGCGACAGCGCUUUGCUGAGUACCAGGCGGAGUUGCAGGGCAUCCAACACAGGGUGCAGGCCCGGCCCUUCCUAUUCCAGCAGGCCAUGCAGACCAAUGCCAGGCUCACCGUGGCCCGGCGCUUCUCCCAGGUGCUGUCAGCACUAGGAGUGAAUGAGGAGGAGCUGAUGGCUGAGACACAUAAAAGGGAUACAGUGGGAACCUCCAGGAAACCCAGGAGCCACAGGUCAAUGGGGGUGAGAAUGGAGCCCUCUUCUCGGAGCCCCCCAAAGACAGAACCCACUGGCAGCCAGCCUGAUAGGCACUUUUCCGCCAGCCUGGACAGAGUGCUGUCCCCAAGAUGAAAAUUAAAGGCUUUAUGGCAAA